AUGGCGGUGACUCCAUCUUCUCCAAUGUUACCCAAGGGGAUGAUCCUGACAAAGUUUAUGGCCUAUUCCUCUGCUGAGGUGAUGUUCAACCCAGUAUCUGCGACAAACAAUUGCAUCGACACGGCUGGCGUUGUGAUUUUAAGAAAUUGUUCACCCUGCAAAGAGGCAAUUAUAUGGUAUGAUGAGUGUUCGAUUCGCUACUCGAACAGCCUCUUGGACGGAAAGGGAGGGAGAGGUUUGGCACCAAGCUGUAACAUAAGGUAUGAAUCGUACACCUUCUUGCUGGACCCGCCAGUUAUAGCACAACCUCCUGCACCCAACAGGCCUAAUAGUGAUGGAGGCGGCGGUGGCAACCAUGAAGAUGAUGGAAAUAGCUCAAAAGUUGAAUUGCUUGACUUGGCUGGAAGAAGAUUUGGCAAUGACUACAACAGUGAAAAUUUGCAAGCAGAAAAGCACGCGAAUUUGCAAGACUUUCCUUCAUUUCAAUUAGAUAUUAUACUUGCAGCAAUAGAACAUUUUUCUGAAAAAAAUAAGCUCGGAGAAGGUGGAUUUGGUCCAAUUUACAAGAACUUUACAAAGUUCAAGAUGAAUCUUUGA